GCCCAGCGCCACCGCCGUAUAAAUUCCGCGUCCCCCGCAACCCCAGCCCGCACACCCGCCGCCACACACACACGCACUCCGGCGAUGGCGCACGUCGCCGUGGUCACCUUCCCCUUCAGCUCCCACGCCGCCGUGCUCCUCUCCUUCGCGCGGGCGCUCGCGGCCGCCUCGCCCGCGUCCACCUUCUCCUUCCUCUCCACCGCCGCCUCCUUCGCGCACCUGCGGAAGACCGCCGCGGCGGGGGACCUCCUCCCGGGGAACAUGAGGUUCGUGGAGGUCGCCGACGGGGCGCCGCCGCCCGACGCGCCGCCGCCGCGGCGGAUGGCGGUGUUCAUGGAGGCCGCGGAGGCCGGCGGGGUCGUGGAGGCCGGGCUCGAGGCGGCGCGCGCCGCGGCGGGGGGUGUCGCGGUGAGCUGCGUGGUCGGGGACGCGUUCGUGUGGAUGGCGGCGGACGCGGCGGCGAAGGUUGGGGCCAGGUGGGUGCCGGUGUGGACGGGCGCGUCCAGCGCGCUCGUCGCGCACCUCCGCACCGACGCGCUCCGCGACGACGUCGGCGACGAGGCCGCGAGCCGCGCCGACGAGCUGCUCACCUCGCAUCCCGGCCUCGAGAGCUACCGGAUCCGCGACCUCCCCGACGGCGUCGUCUCGGGCGACCUCAACUACGUCAUCAACCUCCUGCUACACCGCAUGGCGCAGCGCUUGCCGCGCGCCGCCACGGCCGUCGCGCUCAACACCUUCCCGGGACUCGACCCACCCACCGUCACCGCCGCCCUCACCGCCGUCCUCCCGACCUGCCUCCCGCUCGGCCCCUACCACCUCCUCGCCACCGCGCCAGCCAACGACGACGACCCCAACGGCUGCCUCGCCUGGCUCGACCGCCACGCGCCGCGCACCGUCGCGUACGUCAGCUUCGGCACCGUCGCGUCGCCGCGCCCGGACGAGCUGCGCGAGCUCGCCGCGGGGCUCGAGGCCAGCGGCGCGCCGUUCCUCUGGUCCCUGAGGGAGGACUCAUGGCCGCUGCUCCCGCCUGGCUUCCUGGAGCGCACCAAGCAGCACGCCGCGGCGGGGCUCGUCGUCCCGUGGGCGCCGCAGGUGGGCGUGCUGCGCCACGCGUCGGUGGGCGCGUUCGUGACGCACGCCGGGUGGGCGUCGGUGAUGGAGGGCGCGUCGAGCGGCGUGCCCAUGGCGUGCCGCCCCUUCUUCGGCGACCAGAGGACGAACGCGCGGUCGGUGUCCCACGUGUGGGGGUUCGGGACGGCGUUCGACGGGGCGAUGACGCGCGGCGGCGUGGCCACGGCGGUGGCGUCGCUCGUCGGCGGGGAGGACGGGCGCCGGAUGAGGGCGCGGGCGCAGGAGUUGCAGGCGAAGGUGGCGUCGGCGUUCGUCGAGCCCGACGGAAGCUGCAGGAAGAACUUCGCCAAGUUCGUCGAGAUAAUCUGUGCAUCCUGAAUUCGUGAUCUUUGAUGGUGUGCCUUGAAAAACUGUACUGUUUGUUAAUUAAUUUGCUUUUAAUUCUUGGUGAGAUUUCGGUGUUCUGUUGUACUGGUGAUAUUAUUACGAAGUUCAAGGCUCAUAUAGCAACUAUAUUGCUCUUUCUA